CUUAGAAUAUUAUAUUCUUGGAGCUCUUAUUCAGUUACCAUGCCUUCUCACAGUACGGGAUCGGAUUCCAAUGAGUCCAUACCAUCAUUUGAGAAGUCCCCAAAGCGCGAAGCAUCAACACCCGGUACCCCUAAUACCGAGUAUAGUCAAUUUUCUACCAGAAGCGAUGUUGCCGUUAUUGGCAUGGCCUGCCGCGUAGCUGGCGGUAACAAUGAUCCAGAACAAUUAUGGAAGUCUCUCCUCGAGAAAAGAGACUUCUCUGGAGAUAUACCGCCUAUGCGGUGGGAACCGUAUGAACGUCGCGACGUACGAAACCCCAAAGUCUUAAAACAAGCGACUGUGAAAGGAUACUUCCUUGAUAGACUGGAGGACUUUGACAGUGCCUUUUUUGGUAUAUCACCUAAAGAAGCAGAGCAGACAGACCCUCAGCAAAGGAUCUCUCUUGAAGUAGCGUACGAAGCCCUAGAAGACAGUGGAAUCCCUGCCAAAAGUCUUUCUGGAACCGAUACAGCCGUCUUUUGGGGCGUCAACUCAGAUGAUUACUCGAGAUUGCUUCUCGAAGAUCUACCCAAUAUUGAACAUAACAUGGGCAUCGGGACAGCGUACUGCGGUGUACCAAAUCGGAUAUCAUACCAUCUCAAUCUCACUGGACCCUCUACGGCCGUGGACGCAGCUUGCGCAUCAGGCCUUGUAUCUGUUCAUCAUGGUGUACAAGCAAUUCUUCUUGGCGAGAGUAGCAUAGCUAUUGCAGGAGGCGUCCAGGCAAUGUCCGCACCCGGUAUGGUGCGGGUCCUGGACAAGGCUGGGGCAGUCUCACCAGAAGGCCGAUGCAGAUCUUUCGACGACUCAGCACACGGCUACGGCCGUGGCGAAGGUGUUGGAGCUGUGGUUCUGAAGAACAUCUCUCAGGCUAUUCGAGAUGGGGAUCAUAUUCUCGCCGUCAUCAAGGGAACUGCGGUCGGACAAGAUGGAAAGACGGCCGGCAUAAUGGCUCCCAACGGCAUGGCUCAGCAGACAGUGGCCAAAAAAGCGCUGAAAGUAGCUGGCGUAGACCCUUCCAGCAUCCGAUACAUUGAAGCACAUGCGACGUCGACGCCACUUGGGGAUCCCACCGAGGUGUCGGCUCUUGCUACUGUCUACGGAAAAGAUCGUAUUCAGAGUGAGCCAUGCUACAUCGGAAGUCUGAAACCCAAUAUUGGUCACUUAGAGGCUGGUGCUGGUACCAUGGGUUUCAUCAAAGCUGUCAUGGCCGUACACAAAGGCAUGUUAGCUCCUCAAGCUAAUCUCGAGAAGCUCACAAGUAAAAUUGACUGGGCAAACUCUGGUCUCCAAGUCGUUCAAGAAACCACCAAAUGGCCUAGCGAAGAAGGGCUGCGCCGCGCGGCUGUUUGCUCCUACGGAUACGGCGGCACAGUAUCACAUGCCAUAAUUGAACAGUUCUCUGGCGCCCAUGACCUGUCGAACUCAGCGCUGUUCGAAGCCGAGAUCGAUGAACCAGCAUUGAUUCUAAUUUCCGGACCGCAAGAGAAACGUUUGACUGCUCAAGCGUUGUCUCUGAAGAAAUGGAUGGAGUCCGAUGCUAGUCGGGAGCAUCGUCUUGCACACAUAGCCUCCACCCUAGCAUCACGCCGCGAUCAUCAUGAGUUUCGAGCGGCACUCGUCGUCGACAGCCAUGAUCAUGCAAUUGAAGUCCUGGAAACAAUCAGUAGCGGCAAGAAAAGCGCCAACGUUACUCAGGGUCGUAUCCUAGGGAACGAAAUCAACAAGGACAUGGUAUGGGUCUUCUCGGGUCAUGGGGCACAAUGGCCUGAGAUGGGCAAGGAACUCCUCAAGAACCCCGCCUUCUACAAUGCUAUCCUACCCCUUGAUGAGAUUGUCAAGACAGAGAUAGGUGUAUCACCCAUCUCAUUGCUUCGAGAGGGAAAUUUCGGUUCCUCGGACGAGGUUCAGAUUCUAACCUACUUGAUGCAAAUCGGUAUCAGUGCCGUACUCAAUCACCGUGGUCUGUAUCCCAAAGCUGUCAUUGGACACUCUGUCGGCGAGAUCGCAGCGAGCGUCAUCGGUGGAACUUUGACGCGCGAAGAAGGAACCAUUAUCGUCACAAGACGCUCUGUUCUAUACCGCCAGCACAUGGGCAAAGGAGCUAUGAUCCUUGUCAACAAGCCUUUUGCAGAGAUUGCUGCAGAAAUCCAAGGCCGAGACGAUCUUGCUGCAGCGAUAGACUCCUCUCCUUCGUCUUGCGUCGUGGCCGGCUCUGUCGAGGCCAUCGCAAAGGCCGCGGAAGACUUUAAGAGUCGCUCAAUUAAGGUCAUGUUUGUCAAAAGUGACAUCGCGUUUCAUUCGCCUACGUUGAACGACCUCAUCGACCCCUUCAAGAAGGUACUGGAAGGCGCACUGUCGCCGACACGUGCAGGUCACGUCAAGCUUUACUCUACAUCUCUUGCAGAUCCUCGCGGUCAAGACCUACGGACAACAGACUAUUGGGUGAACAACAUGGUAAAUCCCGUUCAUCUUACUUCGGCAGUUCAGGCUGCGGUAGAAGACAACUACCGCGUGUUCCUUGAGAUAUCUUCUCACCCAUUGGUCUCUCAUUCGAUAAGCGAAACUUUGAUGCAUGCAGGCAUCGAGGACUUCUCUAUGAUCCCUACAGUCCUUCGAAAUAAGCCCAGCCAGAAAUCCAUCAUGAACGCUAUUGCCCAGCUCCAUUGUACGGGUGUAGAAAUCGACUGGAAAACCGCUGUACCCGGUCCAUGGGCCGGAGGUGUACCAAAAACGCCUUGGCAGCACCGACCCGUGUGGCGUAAGAUCGAGUCUGGCCCAGUGAGCUCUUCACAGUUGCAUGACGUGGAGAAACAUACUUUGCUGGGUCAAAGACUCGACAUCGCCGGUACCGACUCGAUUGUGUACACAACACAGCUUGACAAUGAUAGUAAGCCAUUUCCUGGAAGUCACCCCUUACAUGGAACGGAAAUCGUGCCUGCUGCCGGUCUCAUCAAUACGUUCCUCAAGGGCACUGGCGCGUCUGCCCUCUUCAAUAUUGUUCUUCGUACCCCUGUUGCCAUCAACGCUCCACGGUCGGUCCAGAUCAUAUCCCGCCCUGGCGAAGUAAAGCUCGUGUCGCGCUUGAUCCAAGACAAUGGCGAUGCUGGUGGAUCCUCGUCCUGGGUGACCCAUACCACGGCCCAGUGGAACUCGAAGCCGCUCGCUAGUUCGGAUUUACAUCUGGACAUCGAGGCUGUGAAAACUCGUAUUGGUACAAAACUUGCCGACAACUUCUCCAUUGACUAUCUUGACAAAGUCGGCGUUUCGGCUAUGGGAUUUCCUUGGGCGGUAACCCAGCAUUAUGGCAACACCUCAGAGAUGAUUGCUCGGGUUGACGUCGCCCCAGACGUUGCUGUCGACGGUGAAUUACCGUGGGAUCCAUCUUCCUGGGCGCCGAUCCUAGAUGCCGCAACGUCGGUCGGUUCGACGGUCUUUUUCGAUGAACCAAGACUACGCAUGCCUGCUCAGAUCGAGCGUGUGGACAUCUUCACCAAGCAAAAUCCCCCUAAGAUUGGCUGGCUAUACGUACAAAAAGCGACAGGAGCCGAUCUGGCCUCGCAUGUAAGCGUGCUCAACGACGCCGGCGAGGUUUUGGCCAAGUUCACGUCGAUGCGCUUCUCGGAAAUUGAAGGCACCCCGGGAGCAAGUGGAAGCAUGGAAAGCCUGGUGCACCGAAUUGCAUGGCCACCAGCGACAUUGGCGGAAGAGCCGCUGGUCGUUGAUCACAUUGUCCUGGUGUGCGAUGAUCAGUCGACAGCCGAUCAAUACACGAAAAGUAUACCGAGCAGGGUUAAGACAACCCUUUUGUCUGCCCCUCAAGACUUGAGCAGCAUCUCUAGUUCCAUUUCGAAGGGUACUGCAGUGGUAUAUGUUCCUGGAACGAUCUCCUCUUUGUCGGACGUUGAAACAGCAUCGGAGACAUACACUUGGCGCACUCUGGAAGUCCUCAAGUUCGUCGUGAACAACAGCCUUCCCGUCAAACUUUUCGUCGUUACACCUCACAUCCUCGAGACGGAGACGCCCACUGCACUUGCUCAUGGACCACUCAUUGGACUUAGUCGCGUUCUUGCCAGCGAGCAUCCGGAACACUUUGGAGGCCUGAUCGACACUGAACUUACAGUAUUUCCACUGACAGAGAUGCGGUACGUUCAGGGAGCUGACAUCAUCCGCAUACGUGAUGGCGUCCCCCGCACUGCACUCUUACGCAGCCUGCCGCGAAGCGCUCUCCUCCCUUCAACACGCAAGAAUCAGCUACUCCCCAAGCCUGAUGGCACCUAUCUGAUCACUGGUGGUCUAGGAGCACUAGGUCUCGCCGUGGCAGGAUUUCUGGUCGAGCAGGGUGCCCGCAGGAUUGUGCUCAAUUCGCGACGUGGUCUGCCUCCAAGGAGUACCUGGGACACCGCAGACGCGUCGCUCGCGCCUGUCGUGGCCGCUAUCCGCGCACUUGAAGCUCAGGGCGCGACUGUCUACAUUUUAUCUCUGGACAUUUCUGUUGCUGGUGCGGCUGAUGCUUUACGGGCACGCCUCGAAGAUCUUAGCCUUCCACCAGUCCGAGGUAUCGUUCAUGCCGCGGGUGUCCUUGAAAAUGAGCUUGCCUUGGACACUACACAGGCAGCUUUCAAAAAGGUUCUCGCACCUAAGGUGGUAGGUGGCAUGGUGCUUCAUGAAGUCUUCCCACCACAAUCGGUUGACUUUUUUGUCCUGUUUUCGUCCUGUGGUCAGCUGGUCGGCUUCACUGGCCAAUCUUCUUACGGUGCCGGUAAUUCCUUCCUUGACUCUCUUGCCACAUAUCGUCGCGCACAUGGCGACAAGGGCGCUGUGGCAUUCCAAUGGACUAGCUGGCGUGGCAUGGGCAUGGGCGCGAGCACGGAUUUCAUCAACGCCGAACUCGAGAGCAAGGGAAUCACGGACGUCACGCGUGACGAGGCAUUCGCCGCGUGGGUUCAUUUGGCGAAGUAUGACAUCGACCACGGCGUGGUUCUGCGGAGUCUUGCGCUUGACGAAGGGGAGCCUCUCCCAUCCGCCAUUCUGGGCGACAUCGUCAUGAGACGGACCAGCGAGAAGUCUUCCUCGUUCAAUGAUGAUGGUAAAGCUAAUGGUGGUGCUGGUGGCCUACCCAAGGCAGGACCUGAGCUCAAUGCGUAUCUUGACGAAAAGAUUCGCACAUGCAUUGGUACGGUACUUGGGCUGCCGACCGAAGAGGUCGACUCACGUGCAGCGCUUUCGGAUCUAGGAGUUGACUCGGUCAUGACCGUGUCCUUGAGACGACAACUGCAGCAGACACUUAAAGUUAAGGUGCCGCCCACUUUGACAUGGAGUCAUCCCACAGCUAGCCAUCUUGUCAGUUGGUUUGCAGAGAAACUUGGAGACACAGCCUAA